AUGGACGUUGUUAAAAAGUUGUUACCGUUGGCAAGGCCACUUCUUCUAGUAAUCCUGACUGCCAUAGCUGGCUAUUCCUACUCCCAAAUCCGCCUCCUUUCACUUCCCAUCUCCCAGGCUCUCGCACUAUUCACGCUCGUCCUGCCGCUUGUCACUGGAAUCUCUACACAAGGUGCUGCUGGCUUGAUACAGCGAGCGAAUAAAAAAGAGCAAAAUCAGCUCACGCUGCCACUUAUUGCUGUUAUCGGAUUCCAAUUGGUCUACGAAACCAUCGUGGCAACUCUCGCCUUGACUUAUAUGAUACCACCAGAUUCAUUACAUUGUGGUUUAGAAGAUACAUGGCAGAAGCUAUUUAGUUCGAAGGAUGAGAGGAAGAUUAGGGCGAUUCAAGAUGCGUUGAAUUGUUGUGGACUCCAUAGUGUCUAUGAUAAAGCCUGGCCAUUCAGAACGGAUGCCCAUGCUUCUGGGAACUGUGUGGACGUGACGAAUCGCUCACAAAGCUGUUUUGGGACUUGGAGACAAGCGGAGCAGACUAAUGCUGGACUGCUUUUGAUCGUCGCUUUGCUCAUAUUUAUUAUCAAGGUGAUAUCCAUCAUAAAUCUGCUCACCACCUCCUUCUGGAAACGCUCAUACUGGUCUCAAUCAAUCCACCGCAUAACAGACGGUGAUACAGAAGCGCCACGGGAAGAUAAUAGGGCAGUGACAAGACGGCUCAUCGAAGAAGGUGAAGACGAAGAAGAAUCUUACCAAGAUGAACCCACAAGACAAGAUAGUGUCUCUGCAUUUAACGGCCUUGGACAAGGACCAAGAGUCGAGCCUUCUCGCUUGUCUCAAAACUAUUAG